GUUUCCACCACAGAUUAAAUAGGAAGAUUUUAAUAAUAGUUUGGUUUAUAUAUAUAUAUUAUUCAAAAACUGCACAAGUUUUUGUAAACCAAGAGAUUUUUUUUUUCAUGAUUUCGGACUUUAGGGAUCCACAAGAGGAAGACGGACAUCAACUCUGUUGUUUUCAAGAUAUUUUUCGGGACAUGGGGACAGCAUGAUUGGAGCAUCCAGUCUACCAGGUCACACACUGAUAGCGUGUCAUUUCCCUGUGGUGCAACUUCCCGCUUGGCAGCUUCCAGUCCAGGCCUUGUCCAGAUCAGCCAAGAGGCCGAGCCGGCUAUGCUCAUCAGGACUGACCCGAGCAGUGUCCCUCCCAGAGCAGGACACUCUUGUCAGAGAUCACUCCUUCACAGGAGGAUGGAGACCUUUUUCCAGCAGCUACAGUAGUCUCUGUGAGAAUCAGGUGGAGGAAGAGGGGACCAGCGACAGCAGCGGAAAAUACGAGUCCAACUCAUCGCCAGAAGAAAUAGGAUCCAGUAUCAAGGAGGGAAGCUGUGGAGCUGGAAAUAACCUGCGCUCACACAACUCCUUUCUUCCCAAACCAGAGCUGGAUGAGGAGGAAGAAGAGGACAGGGAUGGAGAUAAUCUCCACAAAUAUCAUGAGGACUCUUCUUUUGCGCUGCAUGGAAACUCCAACUGGUCACUGAAUCAUGGAGGAAUUGAUGCAUUUCUUCAUGAAGAACUUGGUAUUGAAUGGAACAAUGAAGGGUUAAUGCUGGGGAUGGGAAAAAACCAAGAGUGGCUGUCUAACCAGAUGGACUCACUGCAGCAGAGAUGCCAUCGCUGUCCUGUGAGCAGAUCUCUUCUGUCUUGUUCAGAGCAGAAUUCGGACAUCCUACAGCAGAAUAUCUAUGGAAAAUGUUCCCCAGAGCUGCUAGCCAACAUUCAAACAGAAGACAACACUGACUCCUCAUGUAACAGCUCUGAUGGCAUACUGGUUAACUUCUGCACCAUCUACAAUAAAAGCAACAAUCCUGCCACACCUCAGGAUCUCAGCAGUCCUGCUGCUGAUUCAUGUCAGAUUUCAGGGGGUUCUGUGUUCCUCUCUCUCCAACCUGCUCCUCAACUGGCCCAGAAAGAAGAUGCUGAUCCCAAACCAUUUGGCAUGGAUUCAAACUGCAACCUUUAUUCCUUAGAGCCGAUGGCUCCUUGCCUCUCUUCUCUGGAGGUUACAGACCUGACCGCGUGCAUUCAAAGCCAAGACAGACUGGCUAUGGAGACAAACCAGAAGUACUAUAAGCUUGUGACCUGUGACCUCUCAUCCCAGUCCCCAAGCCCUGCGUGCUCUGGCCUCACUGGAUGUCUGGGAGAGCCCCGCAAAAGCUGCACCAUUCCAGUCUCUCCUGGUUCUAACAAAGAAGGACCACCCAAAGAAAACAUGGAGGCAAGCGAUCAGCAGGUUACCGCAACUUCCACCAACAUAGCCCCCUGCAGGAAGCAACAUUUGCACGGUAUCCAGAGCUUCUCCUACAUGCCUUGUUCGCCAUGCUGUGGCCAGAGUAGCCCCCAUAGUAGUAAAUGCCAAGAAAGAGGAGCUGAAUCCACCCAGCCAUCUGUGAUUCAGAACAGAGAGUACACUGAUGCAGAUGCUACUGAAAUGGGUGUUUGGUCCUGUGACAAGGAAAUGGUACGCUACAGUAAGCUACAAAGACCAACUUCUUUGCCCAUCCAGCCAUUUGUUCUGCUUCACACAGAGAAGCCCCAGAUCCAGCCUGGACAAUGUAACUUAGGAGGCCUGCUUGAGCAGUACCUAAAUCAUAAGAGCAGCAAACCUAUUAUCUCCCAGAAUGGCCUCAAGUUCAAGGAGAAAAGAAGCCAAUGUUUAUCUGAACUGCAAACCUCACCUAUGGAGAGUCUCUGCCCAGUAUUCCUGGAGGCUGCUUCAAGCUCUGAUACCUGCUCCACCUGCACCCCAAGUCCAAAAGGUUUGAGCUACAGACACACGUGGAGUCAAAAGUAUCAACCAACAGCCAAUGAGACCAGCCAUGAGGCAGUAGUUCAGUCUCAGGAAAGAAUACGGUUAAACCCUGGAACAACAAGCCAUCAGCCCAACCUUGUUAGGAUCCCUACAUACCAGGACCUGUUUAGCCUUCAACCAGAAAUAAACCAAGUCACCGCUCAAACCAGAAUUACUAACACUGAUUUUCAUUCAAAACUUUCCCAUAUGUUACCCAUAACACCUGAAAGCGUGGUUUCAAACCUGCCAGUGUCCCUACUACCUCCAAAACCCUCAAGACCACAGCUAAAGCUCCAUCAAGAUCAGUCCCUCACUGCUGCAGCAUGCCUCUCUUCUUUAAGCUCAUUCCUCUCUUCAGGCCUGCACCAAAAGAAAACUGAAGAUCCUGUUAGAUCCAGCCCAAUGCCAACUCAGAGCCAGAGCAGCCAGGCUCUGAUCGUGAGCGACAGGCCACCCGUAGAGUUCUGCCUCUCAAUGGAUACAUCUUAUGAGUCAAUGUCUAUCAGUCAUCUGCAGAGGAAAGGCUUGCUGAGAGCUGUGAGCAAUGCAGUGGAUUUGAUCAUGGCUCAUUUUGGAAGUAGCAGAGACCCAGAAGAAAAGAUGCGUCUGGGUAACAGCUCCUACAGUUCCACUAUAGCAGGCCUCGUCCUUGAACACUUGUGUCCUGCGAUUCAGAACAUUUUAGAGGACGGUCUGAGAGAUCACAAGCUGGAUUUCAUAAUAGGGCAGCGUCGCAAUCAUUCCUGGAAUGUGGUGGACAUUUCUACAAGAAUAGGUCCGUCCACCAAGGUUCUCUACAGCCUUGUUUCCAAAAUUAAACAGUGUCCCCAGCUCACCAGCCACAGUAUGAGAUUACGAGCCUUCCUCAUGGGCCUUUUAAACUUGAGAGCUUUGGAGUUCUGGCUCAGUCAUCUGCAAAGUCAAAAAGAUGUGGUUACCACCUACUAUCACACCUGGGGGUUUCUAUUCACUUCACUGAGUCGCUGCCAGCCCCUGUUCCAGGAGCUGCUCCUCCUCCUUCAGCCACUCUCUGUGCUGCCAUUUGACCUCAACCUGCUCCUGGAGCCGCGACUGUUAUGCCACACACAGCUGUGUUCAGAGGAGUGUGAUGCUCUCCCACCUCAGCCAUGCUCGGCCCUCCUUAGACUCCCUUUCAGAACAGCCUUCGUUGGGCAAAGCUGUUUGGAGCUGCUGGUGUUUCUGCCAGAGCAGAGAAGAGUUUCCAGUCUCACUCUAAAGCACAAAGGCGAAGACUACCAUCUCAGUGGCUGCACUUGGACAGAUCGCAGCUUGGACUUCUAG